GGCCGCGUUCAAAGUCCAAUGUUUGGACGAGGACGGAGAAAGGAGGGGGGCCCACCACCACCACCGACGCUAAUUCCAGCCAGCCGCUCCUGUGAGGCUCCAAUCCCGCUAAAGAGGCUUAGCAGCCCGGUGGCAGCAGGGUACUCAGCGAAGCGUACCCAAGAAGGACUCUUUUCUUUUUUUCCGGCUAUUUUUUAAAAAAUUUUCAAGCGAAACCAACCUGGCUCCUCACCUCUCGCUUGUUGAGCUCCACGUUAGGUUCCCUUUGGUUCGGCGAGAUGUCCAGCGGAGGCUCGGUGACACCGCUCGACCCGCUCGGAUGUUAAUUGCUCGAUGAGACGGCGAAAUUUGCGCGUGAUUUAAUUGUUUCUUCUCUUCUCCCGUGUACUGACUUUGACAUUUUUUAAAUUGCUACCUCCAGAAUGUGUUUUAACACCAUUCCACAGUUGAGGCUCGGGUGAGCGCGAUUUUUUGUUUUCGAAAUAACCCAGUAGACACACCGAGCCAUGGCCAAGAACCAGUCCGAGGUGGCGGGGGACGACCUGGCCCAGCUGACCGACGGCGAGCUCCUCCGCGGCGGCAAGGAGGAGCUCCUCCGCCUGCUGCGCCGAGUCGACGGCGAGAAGAUGAACCUGAUGAUCGAGCACGGCAACCUGAUGAAGGACAUCAACCGGCGGCUCCAGGUGCACCUCCACGAGAUCCGGAGCCUGAAGGAGGUCAACCAGAAGCUUCAGGAUGACAACCAGGAGCUCCGAGAACUCUGCUGCUUCCUGGACGAUGACCGACAAAAAGGCAAGAAGCUGUCCCGGGAGUGGCAACGCUUCGGCCGCUACACUGCCAGCGCCAUGUGGAAGGAAGUUGGUACCUACAUGUUGAAGCUCAAAGAACUCGAGGCCAACCAGGAGACGGUUCUCCGGGAGAACGCCGAGCUCAAGGAGAUCAUCCUCAUGCUGGACGAGGAGAGGAACGGAGCCGGUUCCAGGAGCUCCAUAGACAGCCAGUCCAGCCUGAGCAACCUCAACGGGGGCACCGGAACCGUCCGGGACGUGGGGGACGGGAGCAGCACCUCCAGCGCUGGAAGCGCAGGGAGUCCGGACCAUCACCACAACCACCACCACAACCACACCAAUGUCAACAAAGCCGCCCCAGAGACCGCCAAGUUGGGGCAAACCAUGACGCGGAGGUCCAUGGACGACCUGUCGGUGCCGCACCAUCACAGGAGCAUCCCUAAUGGACUCAAUGAUUCCUCCUCCAACUACAUCCGUCAGCUGGAGACCAAAGUGCGAAUCCUAGAGGAUGACAACAACAAGCUCCUGUCGCAGGCUCAUACCCGUUAUAGUUUAUCACAGAUACAAAUGAAGAAGUGUAAUCCAGGUGACCUGCGGGCCCUGCGGAAAGGGAUGACCCUGUACCACUCUGAGUCGCAGCUGUCCUCGCUUCCCCAACGCCAGGACGCCAUGCACAACAUGGGCACGGGCCGUCUUCCCAACAGCGAAUCGUCUCCGGCCACGGGAUAUCUGUCGUGCGUCCAAAAGCCGGAAGCGGUGGUGCACGCCAUGAAGGUUCUGGAGGUCCACGACAACCUGGACAAGCAACUUCCCGAAGAUUACGAGGACGACCUCAGCGAGAAAGAGAAAGCCGUCGUCAGGGAAAUGUGCAACGUGGUGUGGAGGAAACUCGGCGACGCGGCCGGCUCCAAACUGUCCAUCCGCCAGCACCUGUCCGGCAACCAGUUCAAGGGUCCGCUGUAGCGCCUCCCCAGAAGACGGACAACGCAAUCGGACUUAAUGUCUCAAAGACGCAAAAUGCGCUUCCGAGCGCACGUUUUCUCCUAUCGAGUGGAAAUCUACCCACUCCUUUUUUUUGAUAAGACUUCCCCCACAAGCUCCCGUCAGGGGUUCCGCGUUCCAAUUUUCCUCCUAGAGUACAAUGCGGCAUUUCAGUACCAUUAGUUAAGCGCUAAUGCAUCGCUAUAUUAGGUCAUACCAUAAGAUUUAAGUUUAACCUCAUGUUAAAAAUGAUUCUUGUUUAUGAAUAAUUCGGUGCCCCGUCAUGUUUUAUCGCUCGUCUUUAUAAGAAGUAGAAAUGGUUCUAGUUUUAAGGAAGCACUGCGACUUGGCACAUUUUGGACUCGUUUCUGGUUAAAGUGCCGGAACAUACAGAACUUGAUGUAUAUUUUGUAAAAAAAUAAGAAUAGGAACACUCCAGUGUUAAGUAUUUACAUUUGUUUUUGUUUUUUUCCCCCAUUUCACCAGCAAUGACGAUUACGGCCAUGCUCACAUGAGAAUAUUGUUUUAUGUAAUGUAAAGUACUUUCAUAACAGUUUAUUUUCCAAGGGAAAAAUGUGUUUAAAGAACUAUUCCAUGGAAAUGAAUAUUUCAGUUAAUUUUUUUCUUACGUUCCAAUUUUUCCUCUUGAAAAGGUAACAAUUUAGAAAAACAUGUUUUUAAAAAAUUACUGUGUGGAUAAUUGUCUUGGAAAUUGAAAUAAUUAACUUUUUUACCCCUCCCAAACGGAACUUUUUUUUUUUUUUUUUUUUUAACAUUUCAUUCUUAUGUUGUUAUUGUUUCAACAAACAAACCUAAAUAUUUUCCAUGGUUACUUUUUUUUGUGUUGGAAAUAGAAAUCACUUUUUCACAUUUUUCCCCUCUUAAAUUGAACAAUUAAAAAAAAAAAAAAAUCUUACAGUGUUGUUUUCCAAACAAACCUAAAUAUUUUCUGUAAUUAUUUUUUUUGUCUAAGAAAUUCCUUUUUAACAUUUUUUCAUCUUCCCAAAUGGAACGAUUUUUCAAACAUUUCUUGUUAGAUUGUUAAAACGAUUAAAUAUGUUCCAUGAUUUUUAUUUCUUAACUUGGAAAUGGUCAUAUUUACUUUUUAUUUUUCCCCCAAACAACAAAUAUGUUGCCAAUUUUUAUUUUUUUACAUCAUUAGAAAAUAUAAUCAAACAUGUUAUUCUCAUUAAAAAUGGAUUUUUUUCACCAUGUCAAAUCAAAAGAUUAAAGUUAAGAACAAAAGUGCACAUAAUACAGGGUGGGGCAGAGCAACUUGCUAAUUUAAAUUUGUCGCCCUGAAGCGAUGGUUGCUCUGAUGAUGGUAGGGAUGGACUUAUUUGAGAGGGCGGGGCUUAAAGUUUGGUUCUGAACUUGCAUUAUUUAUUUUGUUUAUUUUUCAGGACCACAGUGAGCACCACGGAGUGGACGAAGUUGGAACGCACAUUCGCUGUCGAGGCAUUUCUUUCAAGCGGUCGCUCAAUCGUCGCAACGCAACGUGAAUUACAUUGAUAUUUUAACAUUAUAUAUUGUUUUGAGAACUCCCCGACAGUCUGCCUGCCAACACGCAUCUGGUCUUGGGUUGUCUGCUCAUUCUGUGCAACGAAUCCACCAUGAAAAAUUGAAAUUUCAUCCAUAGAAAGGAUGCAGGAACUUAAUCCACAUCAUUUUAUUGCUCGUGAAUAUGCAUGUACGGCGUUUUUGGGGGGGCCAGGUUUCUUUUUCUUUACAUCACCCGAAGUUGUCCAACCAUGAAACACUCGACUGCCAGCCAGAAACACGACCACGGGGGGCAAUAUUGAAAUCUACAGAAUGCACAUUGCGUUGCGACGACUGAGCGACCGCUUGAGAAGAAUCUCAACAGCGAAAUCACGUUCCAACUUCAUCCACUCUAUGGUACUUACUGGGGUUCCUGAAAAAUAAAAACAAAAAAAAAUAACGCACGUUAAGAACCAAACUUUAAGCCCCACCCUCUCAAAUAAGUCCAUCCCGAACAUCCUCAGAGCAACCAUUGCUUCAGGGCGCCAAAUUUAAAUAAGCAAGUUGCUCUGCCCCACACAAUAUAAAAACAUCGUGUCAGAUGUAAACUUCAUUUUUCUAAAAUCAUUUUCCCCCUCUAAACUUUAUUUUCAUUUGAGCAUGGCUCUAAUACGGCAAUGUCGCUUGUGGAUAUUCUAGCGUGGCCAUGCGAUCAACCAUUUAGAGCGCAAACGACACGUUUGCUUUUGUUGUGAAUAAUAUUUGUUACUCUGUGGCUACUACAAGUUUUCCUCUAGCGAGGCAUUCCCCCUCCCCCCCCGCCGACGAAACGAAGCCGUUUGGAUGCUGUGCGCAUGCUCGACAAUCACGUUCUCAGGUUGGCUCGAUGUGGAACGCGUCUGUUUGCUACACGACUGGACUUCCUGCUUUUUUUUUUAAACUUCUUUUUUGGGUCAGCGGAUUGAGCCUGUUGACGCGCUGCAUGUUCUCCCCAAUUUUUUAGGGUUUUGAAAAUGUGCGUCUUGUUAACUGUAUACCCUGUUGAAACUUUAACAAAAAGAAAACUAAUCCUGAUGUCAGAAGUAUGCACUAUUAGAGAUGGAAGUGGCACUGCCGUCUUUACGCUUUCAAAAUAAAACGUCCACUGUGCACCUCUGUUCACGAACGAUGAGUAUUAGGGCCACACUCAAAAUCAAAACUUUUUUUGGUGAAAAUGUGUAUUGCAGUCUUGUGUAGUCAAGUCAUUUUUUUAUGAAAAGAGCUUUUUUUUUUGGGGGGGGGGAAGGGCUUUUCCGUGAAAAAUAAGUUCUUAGAAAUCUUUUUUGGGGGUUUUGUGUUGUCACAGGAAAAAAAAUUUUUUUGAACAGUUGAUUUUCAAGAUAUUGUGAGUGGAAACGUUUUUUUCCACUAAUAAUUUAUUCCACGCCCCUUAAAAGCUCUUUUUUUGUUUGUUUUGGGUAGUGUUUUAGUGGUCAUGAUCAUUUUUAUCCAGGAGAAAAUUUUUACUUAGAACAGGUAAAGAAAUACAGCAGGAACAAAUCAAUAAUAGUUAAUCUAUUUUUACGUCUCCGCAUUUAAUUUAAAAAUAUCAGAUUUUAUUAAUUGCUAAUUUCCCUCAAAUAAUUAUAUUUUGUGCAAAAUUGCGUUUUUAAGGGGAAAAAUGUCCCACUAAAUUAGGUCUUUCAGGUGUUUUAAAAAAUAUAUAUAUUUCAAAGUUCACCUACCCAAAAAAAUAGUUUUUAGGUAUUUUUUAAAAAUUUAAAUAAAGGUUCAACCGCUGUAUUUUGGGUAGCAUUAUUUUACCACGUUUUUUUUUCCCUCGGAAAAAUAAAGCCCCCCAUAUUCCCACCCCCGUACCCCAGUGUGGCCCUAUUAUUAAUUUACGCCCCCCUAAUUCCCUGUAAAAAGUGUCCUUUUUUUCUAGGAAGCGAUCGGAAGCCAUGAUUCUCUUGUAGAAAACUGUACAGAAACACUCGGACUUGUUCCGUUUUUGGAUUUGGACCACUUGUUGUUCAAGCGACGGCGCAUGACUAACUUUGUUCUUCCCGUCCACCUCGAGCGGAUGAGAGUUGGCCGAAUAGGCCACGUUUAGAAUCAAAAGAAGUUCCAAUAAACAAGAGUUGCUUCAACUGGUCUGCUUCAUUUUUGCACCGACAUUGCCCCCUUGUGGCGCCGGUAAAUAGUGAACGUCAAUAACCUAAAAUGUGAGCGACCGCGAGAACCAAAAGUGGUAUUUGCCAUGUGGCAAAAUUGAUUUUGCCAUGUGGCAUUUUUUUGGGGGGUAUGUGGCUAAAUGGAUUCUGGAAAAUUUGGACGAGCAUAUCCGACACUGGCAUAGCCUGACUUGGUUGCCAGUUGAAUGUCAAUGCGCUGUAAUGCUAAGUUUAUGGUAAAAAAAAAAAAUCACAGCCACGCGUUUUUCUGCCAUU